AAAGGAGUCCAUUUUUUUAUUUUAUUUUUACGAUUGGCUGAUCCCUCCUGGUGAGCCAAUGAAGUUGAAAUGUCCCACCCAGUUGAAAUGGUGGAAGCCCUCAAUGGUGCUGCGCAUUUUGACGACGGCCUUUUUGCCACUAGAGACCUCUAUCAUUGUCUAUGGUUUGAACAAUUCUGACUGCAGAGAGGGGGACGCGGAGACGCGCGUCGUACCGUCGAUAGCCUUAUUAGCAUAGCCGAGCAUACGCCACGAUACACAUGCUGGGGCAACGAACAGUGAAGACACUACAGACAGACCGGACAAUACCGACAACUUAAAGGAUACAAUAAUGCCGAGCCGUCCACCCCGCGACUAGGCUGGACGGCUAGCGGUGCAUCUCUGAGAGACGCUGAGGGAAACGGCAGGGGUAUCCUCCCAUUUCCACGUUUACAUUUGAGCCUGUCCUCACUCUCUGUUGUGUUUCUUUGGACAUGUCCUCGCUAAAUAUAGACUACGACGAAGACCAGAGAUGGGUUCCUACACACGUCCAGGUCACCGUUCUGCGGGGCAGGGGCUUGCGGGCGAAGGGCAAACACGGUACCAGCGACGUCUACACCAUUAUCCAGGUGGGCAAGGAGAAAUACUCCACUUGUGUUCUGGAAAAGACCACUGUUCCCGAAUGGAAGGAGGAAUGUUCUUUCGAGUUGUUACCGGGUGUUCUGGAGCAGGUUGGGGACGGGGGCGCAUACCCCCCCGGGAGCAGCGACUUGGUCCUGACGGUGAUGCACCGGGCGCUCAUGGGACUGGACGUGUUUCUGGGCCAAGCCGUGAUCCACCUGGAUAAGGUGUUUCAGGACAGAAUAUGCAUGAAAAACGAGUGGUACAAGCUGAACUCCAAGACUGGGAAGAAGGAGAAGGAGCGAGGGGACAUUCAGGUGACGGUGCAGUUCACCAAGAACAACCUGACAGCCAGCAUGUACGACCUCUCCCUGGGUAAGGACAAGCCCCGGUCCACCUUCGGCAAGAUCAAGGACCGCAUCAAGGGUAAGAAGAGGAGCAGCAAGGACUCUGAUGAAGACUCCGCCUCCACUGUUGUGGGCGGCUACGGCCCCGUUUCCCGCAUGAGGAACCGGUUGCCGAGCGAUGGCGGCGGGGAGGAAGACUACGAGGACGAUGAAGGGGGGGAGGGGCGGAGGAGUAAGAUGAGGAACUUCUUCCUGCGAGGGAAACUGAGGAAGUCGUCCGAUACGAGGUCGAGCACGUCGCUAGGGUCGGAGAGUAGUGAGUCGUCGUCGAGGGGAGGGAGUCUCAGUCCCACCGCUGGGAUCUCUGUAGUGGUGUCUGACCUGUCUAACUCGCCUAGCAACAGCAGCAACUUCACAGCAGACAGCCCUGAUCAUACGGCAGAGUCGUCUCCCAAGCUGGCCUCCUAUACAUGUGAGUUCACUGACGAGUCUGGAGAGAUCAACAUCCCUGUGCCUCAGCCUGUCUACAUCAAUGGAAGCCAUGUGUACAACACCACCUUGGACCCUUGCCCGGGGAACCCUGUAGUACCCUUAGAUCCUCUAGCCCUGGUGAAGAAGAACCUGCCUCUGUCCCAAUCCCUCCAGAACCUCAACCAGCGGAGAGAGGAGCUCCCUGUCCUCCUCCCUAAAGGUCCCGCUGCGGAUGGCCGGCGCUGGUCCUUUGACAAGGCAGGGAAGGAGGAAAAGGUGGCCAUCGCAGCCGCCCUGGAGCAGGCUGGCCAAGGGAUGGGCGAGGGGGCCAGGGAGGAGUCAGACAGAGACCGCCGGAGCAGGAACUGUCUGGAUGAGUCUGAACAGGCCUCGAACUCUGACUCUGGCCCAGGCGAGAAACACAAAGGAUGGUUUGGAUCAAAGGACAACCAUAACAAACCCAGCCCGGUGGUGUCACCUAGCUCAGGCUCUCACCUCACCCCCCAUACCCCUGGUCUCACCCCCCUUACCCCUGGUCUGCUGUCCUGGGGCCCCUCUCACCUCCCUGUAGAUCCUAACUCACUGGGCACCCAACUCCAUCACACUAACCCCUUCAGCCCAUCUCCUCCCCUCAUGUCUCCAUCCAACCCGUUCCUCUCUCUCCUCCAGUGUAACCCUUUCUAUGAGGAGCUCCUAGCUGACCAAGCUCUAAACCUUAACUCUGCCCAGCCCCAUCUGCCUCCCUGUUGUUCUAGCUUUACCUCCUAUAUCUCAGUAGCACCCCAAACCUGGUCUACCAACACUAACCCCGUACCCAUCCUGCCCCCAACCCAAGACAGCCCAGUCACACCAGACUGCACUAACACUGGUAUGAAGGAACAAAGAGCCUCCCUGAAACUUCCUCCAGAAGAGAAGAGCGCCAACACUAAGGAUAAAGAAGAAGAAGCAGUCAAAACGAGCCAGAGACCGCUCCCUCCGCUCCCAAAGACUGAGACGGUGCCCUCUGCUAACUCUCCCCUCUGUGAGGAAGACAUGUCCUACGCUAAGGCUGAGACUGCAUCAUUCUACUCUGCCACUGGCCCAGACAACAUCGCUGCUUUAGACUUGAUGGGGGAGUUCUCUGACGAUCGAUGCUGGGCCACUUGUGAUGAUGUCAUCCGGUCAGACACAAUAGAUCGAGCCACAUCCCAUCUGGGAGCCACCUGUGUUGUUAAAGAGAAGACCACAUCCCCUGAAGCAAGGAUAGACUGGCCAAUCGGCAUGGACUUAGAAUCAUAUAACUCAGCAGAACUUUCCAAUGCACUUCUACACUCUGUCAGGUCUCAAGCUCACAGUCCACUAAAAACAGUUCAGUCCACUACUGGGACAUCUAGUGGUGAGAAGGUCAAUGAAGACAUUGAGGAUUACAGAUCAGAGGACCAAUACUCAGAACACCCUCAUGUGGAGUCCGUUGUAGUCCAACAUUCUCUCUCAGAAGAACACCCUCUCCAACGGUCCCUCUCAGAGGGCACAAGGAGGAACAGCGUUGAGGACCUGACUCUGUCGUUCGGCAGCGACCCUGGCGUUGUAACCCUGGGGUCGUUGUCCUUUGUCCAGCAGCAUGACACUUCUGACCUCCUCGCUGCCUCCUCCUUCUCCGCUCCUUCCUCUCUAACUGCUGAACGUAACACAUCUUCCUCUCCAGCUCUCUCCUCUCUCCCUGCCCCGCCCCCUGCUACUGUGAGGUCAUCAGUAAGCACUGUCUCGGCCGCAACCCUUUUCUCCACUGCACAGCCAGUGAUUGGUGCAUCGCAUGCUGGCUUGCCCCAGGAGACACAUCCGCCAGCCAAUCAGCAGAUCAGUCCUCACCCAGUGAAGCCCCUGACCCCAGAGGAGAAGAGGCGGGCGGAACUUUCCGAGGGGCGGUCGGUGCUGGACAAACUUAAGUCCUCUAUCCACCCGGGGAGGAGCAGCCAGCCCACCGAGCAGCAGCCUGAGAAGAAAAAGUCUCUGACGGAGGGAGCUGGACCUUACUACCACCUGACCCACAGUGAGCUGGUCGCCCUCCUCCUCCAACGGGAGGCAGACCUACACCGGCAGAGGGUGGAGUUUGACCACCAAGGGGCGUUGCUAGCAAAGCGGGAGGCGGAGUUGAAGAAGAUGAAGCCUCAGGUUAGGGAUCUGGAGGACUACAUAGACACGCUGCUGGUUCGCAUUAUGGAGCAGACUCCCACCAUCCUGCAGGUCGGCACCAAGCUCAAGUGACCGAGAGAGGGACUGAUGGAAUGGGGUUCACAGUUUGGUUCCAGAAUAGCACUUCAUUUCACCUAAAGGAGAUUGGGACACAUGAAGAAAAAGUCAAGCCAUUGUCCCGUGACUGUUAUUCUGUCACAGGACACAACGCUUUGCUUUGUUGCAAUGUUAUUUAGUUGUUGUUUAGUUCAUCACACAAGAAGAAACCACAUUGUGUGCAUACUAACAGGUUAUGAGCAGAAACCCCAUUGUGUUCAUACUAACAGGUUAUGAGAAGAAACCCCAUUGUGUGCAUACUAACAGGUUAUGAGCAGAAACCCCAUUGUGUUCAUACUAACAGGUUAUGAGCAGAAACCCCAUUGUGUGCAUACUAAUAGGUUAUGAGCAGAAACCCCAUUGUGUGCAUACUAAUAGGUUAUGAGAAGAAACCCCAUUGUGUUCAUACUAACAGGUUAUGAGCAGAAACCCCAUUGUGUGCAUACUAAUAGGUUAUGAGCAGAAACCCCAUUGUGUGCAUACUAACAGGUUAUGAGCAGAAACCACAUUGUGUGCAUACUAACAGGUUAUGAGCAGAAACCCCAUUGUGUGCAUACUAACAGGUUAAGAGCAGAAACCCCAUUGUGUGCAUACUAAUAGGUUAUGAGCAGAAACCCCAUUGUGUGCAUACUAACAGGUUAUGAGCAGAAACCCCAUUGUGUGCAUACUAACAGGUUAUGAGCAGAAACCCCAUUGUGUGCAUACUAACAGGUUAAGAGCAGAAACCCCAUUGUGUGCAUACUAAUAGGUUAUGAGCAGAAACCCCAUUGUGUGCAUACUAACAGGUUAUGAGCAGAAACCCCAUUGUGUGCAUACUAACAGGUUAUGGGCAGAAACCCCAUUGUGUGCAUACUAAUAGGUUAUGAGAAGAAACCCCAUUGUGUGCAUACUAACAGGUUAUGAGCAGAAACCCCAUUGUGUGCAUACUAACAGGUUAUGAGCAGAAACCCCAUUGUGUGCAUACUAACAGGUUAUGAGCAGAAACCCCAUUGUGUGCAUACUAACAGGUUAUGAGCAGAAACCCCAUUGUGUGCAUACUAAUAGGUUAUGAGCAGAAACCCCAUUGUGUGCAUACUAACAGGUUAUGAGCAGAAACCCCAUUGUGUGCAUACUAAUAGGUUAUGAGCAGAAACCCCAUUGUGUGCAUACUAACAGGUUAUGAGCAGAAACCCCAUUGUGUGCAUACUAACAGGUUAUGAGCAGAAACCCCAUUGUGUGCAUACUAAUAGGUUAUGAGCAGAAACCCCAUUGUGUGCAUACUAACAGGUUAUGAGCAGAAACCACAUUGUGUGCAUACUAACAGGUUAUGAGCAGAAACCCCAUUGUGUGCAUACUAACAGGUUAAGAGCAGAAACCCCAUUGUGUGCAUACUAAUAGGUUAUGAGCAGAAACCCCAUUGUGUGCAUACUAACAGGUUAUGAGCAGAAACCCCAUUGUGUGCAUACUAACAGGUUAUGAGCAGAAACCCCAUUGUGUGCAUACUAACAGGUUAAGAGCAGAAACCCCAUUGUGUGCAUACUAAUAGGUUAUGAGCAGAAACCCCAUUGUGUGCAUACUAACAGGUUAUGAGCAGAAACCCCAUUGUGUGCAUACUAACAGGUUAUGGGCAGAAACCCCAUUGUGUGCAUACUAAUAGGUUAUGAGAAGAAACCCCAUUGUGUGCAUACUAACAGGUUAUGAGCAGAAACCCCAUUGUGUGCAUACUAACAGGUUAUGAGCAGAAACCCCAUUGUGUGCAUACUAACAGGUUAUGAGCAGAAACCCCAUUGUGUGCAUACUAACAGGUUAUGAGCAGAAACCCCAUUGUGUGCAUACUAAUAGGUUAUGAGCAGAAACCCCAUUGUGUGCAUACUAACAGGUUAUGAGCAGAAACCCCAUUGUGUGCAUACUAAUAGGUUAUGAGCAGAAACCCCAUUGUGUGCAUACUAACAGGUUAUGAGCAGAAACCCCAUUGUGUGCAUACUAACAGGUUAUGAGCAGAAACCCCAUUGUGUGCAUACUAAUAGGUUAUGAGAAGAAACCCCAUUGUGUGCAUACUAACAGGUUAUGAGCAGAAACCCCAUUGUGUGCAUACUAACAGGUUAUGAGCAGAAACCCCAUUGUGUGCAUACUAACAGGUUAUGAGCAGAAACCCCAUUGUGUGCAUACUAACAGGUUAUGAGCAGAAACCCCAUUGUGUGCAUACUAACAGGUUAUGAGCAGAUGAUGAUUACCUGUGGAAUGCCAAAAAGCCAAACCUUGAACCCUAAUGAACAUAUGGAGGUUUGAUUUACUGUAGUUAUUGAAUUAUGAAGCCACUGUUGCUAAAUGGGUUCCAGUUUGUUGAGCUGUCAUUCCCUUUCCUUGUCAUAGUGGAAUGUCAGCACAAACGGACUGGAUUUCUCCAGGCUAAACUGUUACCGCAUUUCUAGAUGUUCUUACACUACCCUCCUCUUCAGAAGCGUAGAAAUAGAAUGGUCAGAACAUACAGAGCCUUAAGAAAGUAUUCAACCUUCGAUCUUGAUUUGGUAAGUGUUGAACCCCCCGAGUCAAUACAUGUUAGAAUCCCCUUUGGCAGCGAUUACAGCUGGGAGUCUUUGAGUCUCUAAAAGCUUUUCACACCUGGAUUGUUCAGCAUUUUACCCAUUAUCCCUUUAAAAACUCUUCAAGCUCUGUCAAGUUGGUUGUCAAGUUGGUUGUUGAUCAUUGCUAGACAACCAUUUAAGUCUUGCCAUAGAUUUCCAAGCUGAUUUAAGUAAAAGGUUUAACUUGGCCACUCAAGUACCUUCAAUGUUGUCUUGGUAAGCAACUCUUGUAGAUUUGGCCUUGUGUUUUAGGUUAUUGUCCUGCUGAAAGGUGAAUUAAUCCCCCAGGGUCUGUUGGAAAGCAGACUGAACCAGGUUUUCCUCUAAGAUUUUGCCUGUUUUAGCUCUAUUCUGUACAUUUUUAUCCUGAAAAACUCCCCAGUCCUUAUCGAUGACAAGCAUACCCAUAACAUAAUGCAGACACCACCAUGCCUGAAAAUAUAAAGAGUGGUACUCAGUGAUGUGUGGGAUUUGCCCCAAACGCUUUUUAUUCAGAACAAAAUGUUUGUUUCUUUACCAAUUUGUUUGCAGUAUUGCUUCAGUGCCUCAUUGCAAACAGGAUGCAUGUUUUGUAAUAUGUUCUAUUCUCUAGAGGCUUCCUUCUUUUCACUCUGUCAGUUAGGUUAGUAUUGUGGAGUAACCACACUUGUUGAUCCAUCCUCAGUUCUCCUAUCACAGCCAUUAAACUCUUUUAAAAUCACAUUGGCCACAUGGUGAAAUCACUGAGCGGUUUCCUGAAUAGGAAAACCUCUAUGGUCUUUGUGGUUGUAUCUGUGUUUGAAAUUCACAUCUCAAAUGUCUUUUUUAAUUUUUCCUUUAUUUAACUAGGCAAGUCAGUUAAGAACAAAUUCUUAUUUACAAUGACUGCCUAGGAACAGUGGGUUAACUGCCUGUUCAGGGGCAGAACGACAGAUUUGUACCUGGUCAGCUCGGGGAUUUGAUCUUGCAACCUUUCAGUUCCCAGUCCAACGCUCUAACCACGAGGCCUCCUGUCGCCCCUACCUUACAGGUAAUUGUAUGUGUGGAGUACAGAGAUGAGGUAGUCAUUCAACCAUCAUGUUAAAAACUUACUGCACACAGAGUCCAUGCAACUUAUUAUGUGACUUGUUAAGCACAUUUUUACUUCUGAGCUUAUUUAGACUUGCCUUAACAAAGGGGUUGAAUACUUAUUGUCUCAAGACAUCACAGCUUUAAAUGUGAUAUUAAAUUGUUUAACAAAAAUCUACAAACAAAAUUCCACUUGGACUUAACGGGGUAUUGUGUGUGUAGAUCAGUGACACAAACAUCUCAAUUAAUCCAUUUUAAAUUCAGACUGUAACAACGAAAUGUUGAAAAUGUCAAGGGGGUUGAAUACUUCCUGAAGGCCCUGUAUUAAUACUCAUGGGUCGACUUCCUGCCGAUCCCUCUGCCUCACUGGGCUUCUUCUUCUUGACAUGACAUCUCAAGAAGUUGGUUAGCCAAAAAAAGGUUUCUAUCCAGUUUAAAGCACAUUGAUUCUGAAAUAGUAUAAUAAUGCCUCAUCUCAAGUUCUGCUUUAUGAAUGCAGGGUCUACACUAUUCCCUAGUGCACUACUUUUGGCCUGAGCCCUGUAGGCCCUGGCCAAAAGUAGUGCACUAUAUUUUAGGGUGCCAUUUUAGCUGCAGACAUUAAAUGUGACUCUGCAUUUUUCUAAACUGCUAAUGUUUCGUCUUCCUCCUUGUCUUCCAUUUUUAAAGUUCAUUUCAGUUCAACUGAUUGUGUAUUUUGUCUCUGUUUUAGCUGGUGGAAUGUGCAUAAGUUAGUCAAAGAUUGGAAAGUUUACAAUUCGUGAUACAAUUGUUUCACAAAUUUUAUAUAUUUAAUAAAAUGAUUUUGUGUUUCUUGCUCACUAUA